GGGGCAGUGUGGAAGAUGGGACCAAGAGCCAAGCCGGCCAAAGAGGGCGAUGCACGUCACCAGCAGGAAGAGGAACCGGCUGGAAGAGCACUACCUGCGCAAACAGACAUGGCUGACCAACUAACAGAAGAGCAGAUUGCUGAGUUCAAGGAGGCCUUCUCCCUCUUCGAUAAGGACGGCGAUGGCACCAUCACCACCAAGGAGCUGGGCACCGUGAGGCACUCUCUGGGCCAGAACCCCACGGAGGCCGAGCUGCAGGACAUGAUCAACGAGGUGGACGGCAACGGCACUAUCGACUUCCCAGAGUUCCUGACCAUGAGGGCGAGGAAGCUGAAGGAAACAGACGGCGAGGAGGAGAUCAGGGAGGCCUUCCGAGGGUUCGACAAGAACGGUGGCGGCGGCGAUAGCGGUAAACGGCGAGCGGUGAACGGCAGCGGUAGCGGGUAGCGGUUAGCGGUAGCG